CAAACUACCAUUUGAGACAUUAAAGGCGUGAAAUAAUGCAAAUGCAUACGCGGGCUCUGGGUUAAUUUCAAGCAAUCGAAGUCGAAGGAUGUCGGACUCGGUCUCGCUAAAACCUUUAAGCAGGGACCCCAGUCGUUACAAAGAUGUUUUCCUGAAUGCAUUCUGCAAGAUUGCGAGAAAGGACUUGGAAUACGAAGAGAUAUGUCGUCAUUUCGACAGAACUGUUAUGAAGCAGUUAACCAGAUUCUUCAGUAACGAGGAUCAAUGCAAUGUACUCGGAGUAGGAGUCGGCGAAGGUCGAGAAGAAUGCCACUUUGUGAAGAAUCUUGGCGCUUAUUUUACAUCAGUCUGCAACGUCGCUAUUGAUCCCAAUGAAGACAUGCUCACGAUAUAUAAGAAGAGCAUCACUGCCUUAAACUCUGGGAAUGCCUCGUCGUCGCUGUCAUCAUCAUCGUCGUCGUCACCGGUUGUAUUCCACGGGUUCAGUGGUUCCCUGGCCCAGUUCGUAUCCGACAGCCCACUAGCAGAGUACAAAUAUAAUCUCAUCAGCUCCAUACAUUCAAUAUACUACAUCGGUGACCUUGAAACGACUUUCACCCAGCUUACGUCCAUGUUGAAAGACAAGGGUAUGAUGCUCAUUGUAUGUAAUAAAGAUAACUGCAUACUUCCAAGAACGUUUUCGGAAAAGACGUAUCUGCCCACCGUCGUCGAAGAGCGACGAAGUUCCAAUGUUGUGAGGGCGUUUGCCGAGAAGCAAGGCUAUGACGUCAUCACAUGUCGAGUCCCUAUGGACUGGGAUAUCACCGAUGUCUUUGAUGAACAGUCUGAUUUUGGAAACAAGCUUUUCGACUUUUUCACCCAGACGGCUUAUUUUCGGCACACGGCGCCGGCGAAGCUUGUGGAUGACCUGUUGUCGUUUUGGCGCUCGAUAUCAGUGUUGGAUAAGAAUGGUCGAAUUCUAGUGCCUGCAGACGAGGAGAUUCUUAUUAUCUCUAAAUAAUUUUGCAGUUUUCACAUUUGACUUUGAAACUCCAAAAAAAGUUAAUAGAGAAUUACCUGUAGUAUCUCUAGCAAUAUCGAAAUAGCAUAUGUUAAUGAACUUGCAUUCUUCGAAAGAUAUUAGGGUUAUGUCUGUGCUAAAAUCGUGGGAAAACUGAAAAAUAUAUAACUAUUUUUGUUUCCAACAAUACUGCUCUUUUCCUAUUUC